AAAAAAUGACUAUUACAGUUUUUGGAUACUCUGCAUCUACUUAUAGUCUUGUAAUAUUCCAUAUUCUUAAAGAAUUAGGAUUAUCUUAUGAAGUCGUUCAACCAAGUAGUUUCGAAGAAAUUAAAUCUCCAGAUUAUUUAGCUACCAAACAUCCUUUUGGAAGAAUUCCUUCUCUCAGCGAUGACGGAUUCCAUAUUUACGAAUCUCGUGCAAUAGCUCGUUAUUUGAUAAAUAAAUAUCAAGGAACCAAAACUUCUACCGUUCUUAUUCCUUCUGAUGUACAAAAAGCCGCUUUGGUAGAUCAAUUCAUUUCAGUAGAAACUUCUUAUUACACUCAACAUUUAGGUAAAUUGAUUUAUCAAUUAAUAUUCAAGAAACGUCAUGGUGGUGAACCUGAUCUUAAAGCUGUUAACGAGGCUCGCGAAGAACUUGUGAAGACUUUAGACGUUUAUGAAAAGUUAUUGGAGGGUAAAGACUAUUUAACCGGGGAAUUUACUUUAGCUGAUCUUCUUCAUAUUCCUGCUACUUUUUAUGCUAUUAACGUUGCUGGUGAAGGUGAUUUAUGGAGCAAACGUCCUAAUGUUUCUAGAUGGUGGAAGAACAUUAGUGAACGUGAAUGCUGGAAAACACUAUCAGUGAAUAUAAAUUAGCGUAAUAUACAUAUUUUUAUUACUGAUAAAUUGUGAUAUUGUUUAUUCUUCAUUUAUGUAUAUUAUACUCUAUUUUAUAAGCUGUAAGCAAUAGAGUAUGUUAAUGUAUCUUUACUUCAAAUAAAUAAUUUUUAACCGAUACAAGAAAAUCC